GCAUAUCAUGGCUCAUUUAAAUAUAAAACUGUGGUAUUGCUACAUUGCUGAAUACAUAUAGGUCAAGAAAAUGUGCCCAAAUGACACUGAUGCAUCAAAGAAAUUGAAGGAGUGUGAAAAAGCUGUUAUGAAAUUUAAACUUGAAGAAGCAAUUGCUGUGCCAGAGCAUCAAAGACGUCCAAUAGCCGACUCCAUAGAUUUCCAUUCUAUAGAUGUGGAGCCACAAUAUUCAGGAGCAAGAAUAGAUGGGGAUGUUGUUACUUUGGAUUUUGUGAAGAAAAUGAUGGAUGAUUUCAAGAAUCAAAAGUGCUUACACAAACGUUAUGCAUUCCAGAUUGUAUUGCAAACCAGAGAAAUGUUGAAAGCUUUGCCUUCUCUUGUUGAUAUAAAUGAUGGCAAACAUUUUACUGUCUGUGGCAAACUUGUGUACCACAUCUUUGUGCAGACAAAGAGUAGGACUCCAGAAAAGAAUUUAUGUACUUAGAGAAUGAUUAACUUGAAAAGAAAGUUAAGUUUCGUCAAUGAUUAUUGAUGUGGAUUGUGUAUUUGUGUUGUUACAGUAAUGCCAUUCAAUGAAUUAGUUUGGUUCUGUUCUUUCUAA